AUGCGCUACUUCAUCUUUAUCUCUCUGGCCCUGGCCCUCGGGGCCGCCAACUCCUCCCCUGCCGGGACACCCAGGAGGAUGGACACGGAAGUGCCGACCGGUCCUCGCUGGUCCGGCUUCGCCAGAAACAACCAGACGUCCAUGACAGCCGCCCUUGUCACCGGCACCGUUGCUCUCAACACGACCAGCUGGCGCGCGCUGCAAACCGAGUCCUUGAAACCCACCCCCACCGAGCCGUGCUAUAAAUCUACCGUUACCAUGGCCACGGCCCCCGACGUGGCCUGCCCCACCUUCCAAUUCACCCGACCAUUGGGCGGCGUUGAGGAAAUGCCCGAGCCCACCACCUCGGCACAGCGGGUUAGUCCCUCGACGCCCAGCGACGACGAGCUCGGCCCCAAGAUCGGCCCCUGGAAGCUUCCCUGGAACGGCCUGAACACCCCCAUCGACGGCACCGACAUCGAGACGCCCUUCGACAGCAUCCCCGAUCUAGUCGUCCCAGAUGAGGAAGACCUCACGGGGUCAGACGGCUCAGGCGAGGGGGGCUUCAAAAGAACAGAGAUCCCCGAAGGCUACAACGAGGACCUGAUCGAGGAGUUGAUGCGCAACGGAAUAAGCCGCGAGGAGGCCAAAAGCAUGAAGGAACGCCUUGAGAACGGCUCUGACGAGUCCAAGGCCGUAAUCGAAGACGCGCGCAAAGCACAGGCUGCCAUCAAGGCUCUAGCCAAAGACUUUCGGCGCAUGCGUCAGACGCUCUAG